AUGGCACCCAAACGUAAAGCACCAGUAGCCACCGAUCUGGCCAACGGAGCCACGCCCAAGAAGCCGAAGACAGCCUCCCUCUCUGAGCCCCACCCCUUCCACAAAGAAGCCGAGCAGCAUGGUAUAGUGCUGAGGAAAUACUACCCUCACGAAAUGAGCAACGCCCGUGCUCUGGCAUACAAUGACAAUGCCCUUACCCGCCCCAUCGAGGAGCUCCAAUCCGCCAUGCAGCAGACCGCCGCUGCUCGCAAGAAGGUGAAGGCUACGGGAUCCGUAGUCCACUGGUUCAAGAUGGAUCUGAGAAUGAAGGACAAUACCGCCCUCUCCAUGGCGAGCGAAAAGGCCAAGGACGCAGGCGUGCCACUGAUCGGAUUAUAUAUAAUUAGCCCCCAAGACUGGGAGGCACACUUGACAGCCCCCAUCCGUGUCGACUUCAUGCUGAGGACUCUGGAGGUUCUGAGGGCCGACUUGGACAAAUUGGACAUUCCACUACACGUUGAGGUGGUGGAGAAACGGAAGGACAUCCCACAGAGAAUCGCCAAUCUGAUGGACGACUGGGCCGCGAACCAUCUCUAUGCCAACAUCGAGUACGAGGUCGACGAGCUGCGGCGAGAAGCCAAGAUGGUGAAAAUGCUGGCUGGGAAAGAGAAGGCUUUCGAGCUCGCGCACGACACGUGUGUAGUCCCACCUGGCAAGCUCAUCACCGGAUCUGGGAGGCAAUACGCUGUUUAUUCUCCGUGGUAUCGCUCCUGGGUUGCACACGUUCAUGCAAAUCUGGACCUUCUGGAAAUUUUCAACAGCCCAGAAAAGAACCCUGCAUCUGCAAGGUCAAAGUAUGAGACACUCUUCAACUGCAACAUCCCAGAGGCACCAGCGAGCAAAAAGCUCUCAGCGGAAGACGCCAAAAGAUACGCCUCUAUCUGGCCGGCUGGGGAGCACGAGGCGCACAAGAGAUUGGAAAAGUUCUGCGAGGAGAGGGUUGGCUCGUACGGCGCGAAGCGGAACUUUCCUUCGCAGAAUGGCACCUCGACGCUGUCGGUCCAUCUCGCCAGCGGCACAAUCAGCGCAAGGACCUGCGUGCGGACGGCAAGGGACCGUAACACCACCAAGAAACUUAACGCCGGGAACGAGGGGAUCCAGACGUGGAUAAGCGAAGUCGCGUGGCGGGAUUUCUACAAGCACGUCCUCGUGAACUGGCCGUACAUAUGCAUGAACAAGCCAUUCAAGCCCGAGUACUCCAACAUCGAGUGGUCAUACGACAUGGAUGAAUUCAACGCUUGGACUCUUGGGAAGACUGGCUUCCCCAUCGUUGACGCCGCCAUGAGGCAGGUCCGCCAAAUGGGACACAUGCACAACCGCGCCCGUAUGAUCGUCGCCUCGUUCCUCUCGAAGGACCUGCUCAUUGACUGGAGGAUGGGCGAGCGGUGGUUCAUGGAGAACCUGAUUGAUGGCGAUUUUGCGUCGAACAACGGGGGCUGGGGCUUCUCUGCCUCGGUGGGCGUGGACCCACAGCCGUACUUCCGGGUGUUCAACCCGCUGCUGCAGAGCGAGAAGUUUGACGCUGAUGGGGAGUAUAUCCGGAAAUGGAUCCCAGAACUCAAAGACGUCAAGGGCAAGGCGAUCCAUGAUCCAUAUGGGAGAGGGGCGGGCGCGAUUGCGAAGAAGGCUGGAUAUCCGAAGGCGAUGGUCGAGCACAAGGGAUGUAGGGAGAGGGCGCUGGCGGCUUAUAAAAAGGGAAUCGGAGCUGAGAAGUAG